AUGUGGACUCGCAACUCUGCCCGCCUGUCUCGCCAAGUGACGUCGGUGCGCCAUGCCAGAACAUCGACUGUUUCCAUCCGCCUUUUCGCUUCCCACGCAAUCCUACCCUCCGAACCCAUAUCCGUCAGAGUGUCUGAGGCAGAGGUGACUGCUGGAAGACUUGGUUGGCGCAAUGUCGAGAUUGCAACGCGCGCGCUUCAUCGCGACGGCCUCGUCGUCCUGCAGGGCCUGAUCAAGCACGAGAACCUGGACAGACUGAACAAGAAAAUGGUUGAAGAUGCCUACGUUCUGCAGGCCAUGGGCGAUGACGGCCCAUUCAAUUACAACAAGGGCAACAUCCAGCAAGAUCCUCCCUUGACAAGGCAAUGGUGGGAUCCAUCCAUCUUCGUCAACCCGAUCGUCACCCAAGUCACCAGCACAACGUUGGGCCCAAGUCCUCGCAUGUCUUUCAUCUCCGGUAACACGGCGCUGCCCCCUUCGCCGGACGGCGGCGACCCGCCACAGGCGCAGCCGACGCACACGGACGCCGACUUCGAUCACCCGAAGAGCCCGUUCGCGCUCGUGGUCAACGUGCCGCUGGUGGAGAUGACGCCAGCGAACGGCUCGACCGAGGUCUGGCUCGGCACGCACGCCACGUCCGACCUGUCCGUCCAAGAAGGCCGGCACGGCGAGAGGGCGAGCGGGCGGAUCAAGGAGGAGCUUCUGCGGCGGUGGAGGGAGGAGAGGCCACCGUGUCAGCCGGUCGUGCCGAAGGGAGCGGUCGUGGUGAGGGACCUGAGGCUUUGGCAUGGCGGAAUGCCCAACUUAUCGAAGGAUCCGCGGGUGAUGCUGGCUAUGAUCCACUUCGCACCCUGGUACCGCAAUCCUAUGUUCGUGGAGCUGGCGGACGAGCUGAAGCCGGCCUUGAGCAACGAGCGGACCGGCCUUCAAGUCCAAGGAAAGUUCAUGCCGGGAGAAGAGGUGGAAAAGCGAUAUCUGAACCGGCCGUAUGGCAACGCAUACGACUUUAGCCAACAGGAACCGGUGGAAGGCAUUUUCUGA